CGACUGCAGUGGCCUCCUAGUGGGGGCUCCUGCUCCUACUCCCCCAGCCCGUUCUCCACUCGGCAGUCACAGUGACCCUAGGGAAACCCCAGUCAGACCAUAUCACUCCCCUGCCCGCCUGUCCUUGCUCAACCCCUCGCGCCUGAGCUCACUGGGCUCUGGACACGCUGGGCUCAUCCCUACUCAAAUGCGUCCACUCCUUCCCUCCUGGGGGCCUCGCCGAGGCCUCUCCCUGAACCCCUCUCUUCUGUCUUCAGCGCUGACCUCCCUGCCUAGCAGGGGUUUCCUGGCUCACGUCAUCCCGAUACAGAGAUCCGUCAUCAUCCACUGGCUUCCUGGGCAGCGGAUUCCACGAAGGCCAGAACCGCGGUCUCAGCCGCACCCAGCAAGGGCUGAGCGGGUGGCUAAGGAACCACCCUGAACUGUCUGCCCCGCCAGGCUGGGAGACCCUCCAGCCUCCUGACCCGAUAUCCUGGUGCCAUGAUGUGGGGUGCGGGUAGCCCCCUGGCCUGGCUCUCAGCUGGCCCAGGCAGUGUGAACCUAAGCAGCACCGGCCCAGCCGAGGGGCCCACGGGCCCAGCCACACCUCUGCCCUCGCCCACGGCCUGGGACGUGGUACUGUGCAUCUCAGGCACCCUGGUGUCCUGCGAGAACGCGCUGGUGGUGGCCAUCAUCGUGGGCACGCCCGCCUUCCGCGCCCCCAUGUUCCUGCUGGUGGGCAGCCUGGCCGUGGCAGACCUGCUGGCAGGCCUGGGCCUGGUCCUGCACUUUGCUGCUGUCUUCUGCAUCGGCUCGGUGGAGAUGAAGCUGGUCCUGGUUGGUGUGCUGGCCACGGCCUUCACUGCCAGCAUCGGCAGCCUGCUGGCCAUCACGGUCGACCGCUACCUUUCUCUAUACAAUGCCCUCACCUACUACUCGGAGACAACAGUGACGCGGACCUACGUGAUGCUGGCCCUGGUAUGGAGCAGUGCCCUGGGCCUGGGGCUGCUGCCUGUGCUGGCCUGGAACUGCUUGGAUGGCCUGACCACAUGCGGCGUGGUGCACCCGCUCUCCAAGAACCAUCUGGUGGUCCUGGCUAUUGCCUUCUUCAUGGUGUUUGGCAUCAUGCUGCAGCUCUAUGCCCAGAUCUGCCGCAUCGUCUGCCGCCAUGCCCAGCAAAUUGCCCUCCAGCGGCACCUGCUGCCCGCCUCCCACUACGUGGCCACCCGCAAGGGCAUCGCCACGCUGGCUGUGGUGCUGGGCGCCUUUGCCGCCUGCUGGUUACCCUUCACCGUCUACUGCCUGCUGGGUGAUGCCCAUUCCCCACCCCUCUACACCUACCUCACCCUGCUCCCCGCCACCUACAACUCCAUGAUCAACCCCAUCAUCUACGCCUUCCGCAACCAGGACGUGCAGAAGGUGCUGUGGGCUGUGUGCUGCUGCUGCUCCUCUUCCAAGAUCCCCUUCCGUUCCCGCUCCCCCAGCGACGUCUAGUCGCGUCCUGCUGGCCCUCCAGCCCUGACGCUACACAAGUCCAGAAUGUUAGCUUCUCCAGGGCUUUGUUCCAACCCCCGGCUCCACACCCCUGGGGACCCAGCUGGUUCUGGAGUUCUAGGACAUUGGGUGUUUCAGGAUUCUGCUCGAGCUCCCGACAGGGCCCCUGUGGGCUCGUGGCUCCAGAAUGUUCAGGUGGUCUGGGUUCUACUCAGAAAUGGCCCAGAGACCAGCUGGCUUGCACUUCCAGAUUGCUGGGGCUUUGACAGUGCCAUUCCAAGUCCUCGCUGUCCCUCCCCCUAGACUUGACCUUGACCAUGUCACUUUAUGUUUGAGCUAGAGUCAGAGAGGUUAGUCAGCUGCCUAGACAGAAGAGAGAUUUAUCUAUCUAUCUAUAUAUAUAUAUGUGCACAUACAAAGAGAGUAUCUAUUUAUGGUUUAUUUAUUUAUGAAGCUUUUGAUGGGUGGGAAGGGGGCAAGGAGACCCACACCUCGAAACCCAGGCUGUACCAGGGCACCCCAAGUCCCCACACCGACAUUGCUGACCUCAGUUCCUGGAGGGGAAAAGGGAGAAAGAGAAACCACGUAUUUUGUUAUUAUUAUUUUUGCUUAUUUUUUAUCGAAGAGAUCAUAGGAACCAGAGCCUCCCCCCGGGCCCGCCCCCUCGGGGACGGAGGGGAACACACCAGCCUCUGGUUUUUUAUUUUUUUAAGGAGCCAUCACCUGAACAACCAAGAAUUCCUCUGCGCUGGGGGCCGACUGCCCUCUGGUGGCUGUUUGGGGGAAGCUGCAGCCUGGCCGAGCAGCUGGGACCAGAAGCAAGCCCCCAACUCCACUCCAGCCUGGCGCCCAGCGC